AUGGAGGAAGACCGAGACCAGGACCAGGACCAGGAGUCUCUGGUCACGGAUGAGGAGGACUCCAAGCCGAGCUGUGACGGGGCAGGCAGCCUCAACAACGCGAUGGAGGAGGUGUCUCCGCUGAGCAGGAGGUUGGAGAUCUCUGUAGCGGAGGCCGAGAAGAGGAGCGGGAAGAACGCUGUGAACCUGGGAGAGAACUACAGCGUUUAUCUGAUCGAGACACGGCCCCUGGAUGCCCUGGCUGAGGGCAGGAACCCGGCCCCUGACUCCGUGUGGAGGAGGUACAGUGAGUUUGAGCUCCUGAGGCACUAUCUGCUGGUGUCCUACCCCUGUGUGAUCGUCCCCCCACUGCCAGAGAAGAGGGCAGAGUUCCUGUGGCAUAGACUCUCGGCCGACAACAUGGAGCCAGACUUCGUGGAGCGACGCAGACUCGGACUCGAGACUUUUCUGCUGCGAGUCUCAGACCAUCGUCUGCUCAGCAACGACAGGAUCCUACAACUCUUUCUCACUCAGGAGCACGGCUGGAAGGAGGCAGUGUACGAAACUGGCUUCCAGGCAAAGGCCGACUCCAGACUCCGAGCGCUCAGUGCGACCUUCAGAGUCCGCAACCCAGACCGGCGGUUCAUGGAGAUGAAGCACUACAGUGACGAGCUGCAGUCGCACACGUCUCAGCUGCUGCGAGCGCGAGCCAGAGUAGCGGACCGACUCUACGGUGUUUACAAAGUCCACGGGAACUUUGGACGGGUCUUCAGUAGAAGAACCACCUCCUCAUCUACAGGAGACCAAGGAACCACCUCCUCAUCAACAGGAGACCAAGGAACCACCUCCUCAUCAACAGGAGACCAAGGAACCACCUCCUCAUCAACAGGAGACCAAGGAACCACCUCCUCAUCAACAGGAGACCAAGGAACCACCUCCUCAUCAACAGGAGACCAAGGAACCACCUCCUCAUCAACAGGAGACCAAGGAACCACCUCCUCAUCAACAGGAGACCAAGGAACCACCUCCUCAUCAACAGUAGACCAAGGAACCACCUCCUCAUCAACAGUAGACCAAGGAACCACCUCCUCAUCUACAGGAGACCAAGGAACCACCUCCUCAUCAACAGGAGACCAAGGAACCACCUCCUCAUCAACAGUAGACCAAGGAACCACCUCCUCAUCAACAGGAGACCAAGGAACCACCUCCUCAUCAACAGGAGACCAAGGAACCACCUCCUCAUCAACAGUAGACCAAGGAACCACCUCCUCAUCAACAGUAGACCAAGGAACCACCUCCUCAUCUACAGGAGACCAAGGAACCACCUCCUCAUCAACAGGAGACCAAGGAACCACCUCCUCAUCAACAGUAGACCAAGGAACCACCUCCUCAUCUACAGGAGACCAAGGAACCACCUCCUCAUCAACAGGAGACCAAGGAACCACCUCCUCAUCAACAGGAGACCAAGGAACCACCUCCUCAUCAACAGGAGACCAAGGAACCACCUCCUCAUCAACAGGAGACCAAGGAACCACCUCCUCAUCAACAGGACACCAAGGAACCACCUCCUCAUCAACAGGAGACCAAGGAACCACCUCCUCAUCAACAGGAGACCAAGGAACCACCUCCUCAUCUACAGGAGACCAAGGAACCACCUCCUCAUCUACAGGAGACCAAGGAACCACCUCCUCAUCUACAGGAGACCAAGGAACCACCUCCUCAUCAACAGGAGACCAAGGAACCACCUCCUCAUCUACAGGAGACCAAGGAACCACCUCCUCAUCUACAGGAGACCCAGGAACCACCUCCUCAGGAGACCAAGGAACCACCUCCUCAUCUACAGGAGACCAAGGAACCACCUCCUCAUCUACAGGAGACCAAGGAACCACCUCCUCAUCUACAGGAGACCAAGGAACCACCUCCUCAUCAACAGGAGACCAAGGAACCACCUCCUCAUCAACAGGAGACCAAGGAACCACCUCCUCAUCAACAGGAGACCAAGGAACCACCUCCUCAUCAACAGGAGACCAAGGAACCACCUCCUCAUCAACAGUAGACCAAGGAACCACCUCCUCAUCUACAGGAGACCAAGGAACCACCUCCUCAUCUACAGGAGACCCAGGAACCACCUCCUCAGGAGACCAAGGAACCACCUCCUCAUCAACAGGAGACCAAGGAACCACCUCCUCAUCUACAGGAGACCAAGGAACCACCUCCUCAUCAACAGUAGACCAAGGAACCACCUCCUCCUCAACAGUAGACCAAGGAACUACCUCCUCAUCUACAGGAGACCAAGGAACCACCUCCUCAUCAACAGGAGACCAAGGAACCACCUCCUCAUCAACAAGAGACCAAGGAACCACCUCCUCAUCUACAGGAGACCAAGGAACCACCUCCUCAUCAACAAGAGACCAAGGAACCACCUCCUCAUCUACAGGAGACCAAGGAACCACCUCCUCAUCUACAGGAGACCAAGGAACCACCUCCUCAUCAGGAGGAGACCAAGGAACCACCUCCUCAUCAGGAGGAGACCAAGGAACCACCUCCUCAUCAGGAGACCAAGGAACCACUUCCUCAUCAGGAGACCAAGGAACCACCUCCUCAUCAGGAGACCAAGGAACCACCUCCUCAUCAGGAGACCAAGGAACCACCUCCUCAUCAACAGGAGACCAAGGAACCACCUCCUCAUCUAAAGGAGACCAAGGAACCACCUCCUCAUCUACAGGAGACCCAGGAACCACCUCCUCAGGAGACCAAGGAACCACCUCCUCAUCUACAGGAGACCAAGGAACCACCUCCUCAUCAACAGGAAACCAAGGAACCACCUCCUCAUCUACAGGAGACCAAGGAACCACCUCCUCAUCAACAGGAGACCAAGGAACCACCUCCUCAUCAACAGGAGACCAAGGAACCACCUCCUCAUCAACAGUAGACCAAGGAACCACCUCCUCAUCUACAGGAGACCAAGGAACCACCUCCUCAUCUACAGGAGACCAAGGAACCACCUCCUCAUCAACAGGCGACCAAGGAACCACCUCCUCCUCAACAGGAGACCAAGGAACCACCUCCUCAUCAACAGGACACCAAGGAACCACCUCCUCAUCAACAGGAGACCAAGGAACCACCUCCUCCUCUACAGGAGACCAAGGAAGCACCUCCUCAUCUACAGGAGACCAAGGAACCACCUCCUCAUCUACAGGAGACCAAGGAACCACCUCCUCAUCAACAGGAGACCAAGGAACCACCUCCUCAUCAACAGGAGACCAAGGAACCACCUCCUCAUCAACAGGAGACCAAGGAACCACCUCCUCAUCAACAGGAGACCAAGGAACCACCUCCUCAUCUACAGGAGACCAAGGAACCACCUCCUCAUCUACAGGAGACCCAGGAACCACCUCCUCAGGAGACCAAGGAACCACCUCCUCAUCAACAGGAGACCAAGGAACCACCUCCUCAUCAACAGGAGACCAAGGAACCACCUGCUGA